AUGCCGACCACUCCCAACGCGUCUUCCAGCAAUCCCUCAAGCUCGACGAUGUAUGGCUUUCCAAAUCCGGGGUCGGCUGCGGGAAGAAGUCAAUUCAGCCAGGCCUUCGCAACCCCUGGCUCGCCGGCAUCAUCUUCGAACGUGGAUGGCAACAACUUUACCCGCCAGAUGAGAGACCGCCAGGCCAGGGGUAAAGACCCAUACCAAUCCGGAGAAGGCUCCGAUGGUGGGCGCGAAUCGGGUUCCGGAACAACGUUACGGCUCGGAAGCGGCCGUGUUGAGAAGGAAGACUUCUCUCGUGUUGAGCGCCGCAAAAAGGCCAUCACGUUCCUGGACGACCCGGAGUUGCUCAUGAUGCACGCCCAGUCGACAGGCGAGCACAUUAUGUUUCGCCCUAUUACCCUGAUGUGGGACCUCGUCUCCAGCGUCAACAUUCAAGCAACGGAGGAGUCUUGUGUUGUCGGCUUUGGCAAGACUCAGCUCCUCCGAACCGAGGUUCCCAUCAUCGCCCGCUUAGUCCGUCUCUCAUGCGAAGCACGAGACUUCUUUUACACGGCCCUACACAAGGCCCGGUUGCAGAGAGCAUGCCCAGAGGAGACGAUCGACAGCACUGGGGGAAAAUUAUCACCAUCACCCCAAAGACUUAGUGGGCCCUAUUACCGGUUAACGUUCUUUUCUAUUUCCUCACCUUCAUUGGCAUUGCCAUGGUGUUUUGGCUACUCGGUACCUGGCUACUACUGUACAUAA